UGGUGGGGUGGCUUUGGCCUUCAGCCUAACAAGAGAACGCAGUUGUCAGAAGUCAGAGCAUCGCUCACUGUGCUGGCUACUUUUUUUUUGUCACCGGGACAGAAGCUAGAGUCAUUUAGGAAGGGGGACCUCAGUUGAGAAAAUGCCCCAUCAGAUCAGCCCCUAGGUAAGUCUGUGAGGCAUUGUCUUGAUUAAUGAUUAGUAUGGGAGGGCCCUGGCCACUAUGGGCAAUGUCACCUCAGCUAGUUCUGAUUGUAUAAGAAAGCAAGUUUAGUGAGCCUAGAGAAGCAAACCCGUAAGCCAUUUUUACAUGGUCUCUGCUUCAGUUCCUGCCUCAGGUUCUUGCCCUGAGUUUCUUCCCUGGCUUCCCUCUGGGGUAGGCUGGGCUGCUAUCUGGAAGUGUAAGUCAGGUUAACCCUUUCCUCCAAAAGCAAUCAGGGGUGGGGUAAUGCAGAAACAGGAGAGGGUUUGGGGGGUUGUUUCAGACAUGGUGAAAGUGGCUGAAGGGAGCUGGCCUGUUGCUUUCUAGAAUCAUAGCCUGAGUUAUCACAGCGGUUGUACACAUGGUCUACCACCCCAGGCCAGUGCCUGUUUGUGGGUCUCGGGUCUUACCUCACAUGCCUGCCCCCAUGGGGCUUCCCAGAGCAAUUAGCUUAGCAGAGAGGAGCCCCUGGAAACUAUCCUUUUACACUGUUAUCAGAGAGUCUUGGUGGCUACAGACCCAGCAGGAGCCUUCAUCAGAGCGAGAAGAAGCUCUUUCUCUUGACUCUUUUUGCCUGUGUUGGGGAGUGGGGCAGGUAGCAGCCACAAAGGACCCAGGGACAAACACAAACUGGCAGUGCUGUCUAGGUGACCCAUCUCCCAUUGAACAGGGGACUGGGGAAAAAGCUCGAAGGACAGCUGGUAGGAGAGAUGUGCUGAGAAGGGGGCACUUCAUGCCCUGGGACAGAGCCCCUGUAUACAAUCCUCACUCAAAGUAACUCUUCCCCUCUGAAUGCCGGGGGUGUUUGGGAGUGUUCAGGGUCAUUUAAAGGACCCCCUACUUGAGCCAGGAUGCUAGUAUAAGUCUCUACUGUCCACGUUCCAGAGGUUGAAGUAGCGGGAUCACAAAUCCAAGGCUAGCUACACAGAGCUACACAGAAAGAACCUCUCUCAAAAAAAGCAAAGACUGAGCUGAGUGGCAAAGCACAGCUUCUCCACAUAACACAGCUUGUCCCUGCUCAGACUUCCCCUUGGCUUAGGGUACCAGUAAGGACUGUAACCCUAAUUAAACCCCCAGGUGGUCCACAAACCCUGGAGUCGAUGAAUGACUAAUAUUCUCCCAAUUUCCUGCUUGGGCCUUUUAGACAGGAAGAAAGAAAUGGGAAGAUUAAGAUUCCUUCCCCCAGGCCAUUUCUGGUGAGCCAGUUACGGGUAUCUUAUAUACACAUUUUGUACAGAAGGACAAAUAUUUGGGUCAGAUGAAGUGUCUUUGCAGGGGGCCUGGGUUUUGACAUGCUAUAAAUGGAUCUCCGUAAUGGGGUAAGACCAGCUUUGCUUAUCCUUGGCUAGAAUUAAGUUCUCCUCCUGAGGCCUGAUGGCCAUCAGUCUAGAUGUGAAUGGAGCACCACUUCCGGGUAUCAUGUGGUUGAGUUAGGCUAUGGCUGCCCAAGCCUGGGGAAGGGCAGUCAGUAUCAGUGGCUGUUUUACCUCCUGUCAUGGCCUCCACUGGGCCUGGCUGAAGAGACUGAUGGCAUUGGUAGUGACAAGACAGCGGCCAUUUCCCCUUGCACACAGGCACGAAAGGUCCCCUGCGACCUCACAACUCUGCACACUCAGGAUCAGUGUAACAGCAUCCUGACCUGGGGAGAUGGCUCAGCCAAUAAGGUGUUGACUAGGCAAGUGUGGGGCCCUACGUUCAGAUCCUCCAAUCUUAGACAAAUCCGGCUAUGGUGGCACAUGUUGGCAAUCCCACUAAUCGAUGGGGUGAUGAAGGUAAAGACAGGAUGUUCCCUGGAAGCUCAUAAGCCAAGCUGGCACACACAGCUAUCAACAACAAAGAGAUUCUGUCCCCGAUGAGGAAGAAGGCAAGGACCAACACACAGAGUUAUCCUCUGACCUCCAGAUUGGUACCAUGACAUCUGCAUCGUCUCUUCUACCGUCACACACACACACACACACACACACACACACACACACCACACCACACACCACAUACACACACACACCACAUACACACACACACCACAUACACACACACACCACACACCACAUACACACACACACACACACACACACACACACACACACACACACACACACACACUAGGGAAAAAAGGAGGAAAAGUGGCCUUCAGAAUCAGUGCCUAUCUCCAUUGAGCUAGAAACUCUAUGGGAGGGAGGCAGUGAAGCCAGGUUUUAGGUGACCUGGAGGCUGUUCUAAACUGUGUCUCCUUCUGAGUACAGGGAGCCCCUUUGGGUGCUGUAUCAGCACUGGGCUACAGGUACACACUGAAAAACAGUUUUGUCACACAAAGGCCAAGUUAGACUAGACAAGGCUACUGGAGGCCAGAGUGUCCUGGAGACAUGAUUGUUGGAGGGCAUAUAACAGUUCCCGAGCCUUGAGAAGUGAUGGGGAAGUUAAGUUCAAACCCCAUGCUUUGGGAAUGAGCUGCUUUUGCAGAUAAAUGAGUUUCCAACUCCGCUAAGUUUAUGCAUUCAUAUGCCCAAACUUAGAGGAACUCUUUUAUGGAUGGCGAGUUUUCUAAAUAGUGACCACUGGACACCAUCUCCUGCUUAUUUCAAACAAUGAAUAUAGAACUUGGGGCCACAGCAUGAGGGAACAUCGCUAUGAAUAGUUGUAACUGUCCUCACUGCCCUCCUUGAGUUGCCUCAAGGCCUGUGGAGAUGUUUGGGUCCCUUUGCCCCAUACUUAGUGGCCCCAGGCUAUUGUACUUGGCUGGGUCAGUAGCUUCUAUUUAAGACAACAAAACUAUUGCUCCCUUCCCAGCUCUGACUUCCUUCGCUGUCAGGUAUCAUUUCAUUUCUCGAUUCAUCCUCCUGCUAUUUCUAAUCUUCUGCCCCAAGCUUUUCAAAUCCGUACCUUUUCUUAAAACACAGCCCAUAGCUAUUGUGGUGUUUAUUCCCUUCAUUAGCCAGUGAGUCUCUUACCAGUAUUUCUACUUCUGUGGCUCUAGUUAAGAAAACUGGGCACUGAGAAUACGGGGGCAUUACCCAUAAUGCCUAGAACUGAGCACAUUAUCCAUAGUCCAUAACAUCUGUGGACAAGUUUAUUUUUCUCUUCUAAGGAAUCUACCAUUAGUCCCUUGACAGUUGGCAUUUCAGAGUCAUAUAUAUAUAUAUAUGCAAGUUUUCCCCUCCCUCAAACGCAGUGUUAAUAGUGUGGCAGCAGCCUGAGACACUGAGUGGCAGGCUGGGCUACAGGAUCCAAUCAACUCUGACUUCCUUCCUGUCUGUGGGUUUAGGCACCCUGGGAAUGAGUCCCAAGUGCGGAUCUGCCAGGCAGCUCUUACGUUAGCAGCACAAAGCCACAGGUGUUCAUUCAAUGCUGCAAAGCAAGAAGAGAUGACUGGACGACUGUGUGGGUCUAGGUCAAGUUAGUUACAUGGAGACUUGAAAAUGGUUUAGAGAGAAAAUGCCGCCAGUCUUCCGCAGCCAUGGAGAAAUGAGAAUGAUUCUGCUGUUUGCCAUCAGGGCACCAUUUAAGCCCACAUCUUGCUAGGUCAACGUUUUUUAUGCCCUGAGCUAUAAAUUAAAAAGAUGACUUAGACUUGGGUGCUGCUUCCCCGACUUGAGGCUGUGUCCAUUUAUUCCCUGGCAGCUACUGGAAGCAUGGUAGACCCAGAAGGAAGGGAACCGAGGAUGAAUAAUUUUAAGCACAUUUUCCAAGAAUAAUGAAACCACAAACACAUUCUCACAGCACAGAAAAGAACUGGUUUCCUCCCAGUGGCGUAGAAAAAGCUCAUGGUAAGAUCAGGACCCUGAGAAUCAAUCCCCUGGGCUAUGGGUUAGCUGAGCCAGUGGCUUAAUGGAAGCCCCGGUUCAGCAGAAUAUAUAGACAGAGUGUAACAAACAGGCCAAGCUAACAUCUGAAUCACACUUAAAACAAUAGCCCUGGGUGGAAUCAACAACCAUGCUCAUCCCAAUGACCUGGGAGAAGUUAUCUAUCUCACAGAACUGCACUUAGUUGGCUGAGAGAUACAGGCAGGCUUCCUGAUUAGUGAGCUUAUGACUUCCUGUGGUAUUCUAGCCCUCCUACAUUAUAUUAUGAUCGCUGUUUGAUUUCAUCCCCCUUUUAGAACACUUAGAGGCCUCCCUCUUGCUAAAGGGAGAGGAAGAAAGACACUGUCUUCUAAUGGGUAGUCUAACUUUUGUUUUCACAGACAAAUAGAUAAUGGGCUCUCCUUUGGAAUCAUUAUCAUAAUCAAGGGUGGAUGGCAGUAAGGCAAAGCCAAAGUUAACAUGCUUAAUAGUCUAUAUUCUCCAAUGUUUCAUUGGUUCAAAGCAAACAACCAUCUCAAUUUGGAUGUUAUCAUUUUUUAAAAAAAUCUACCUCACAACAUAGUAGCAUAAGAGAACAGCAGUCUUUCAUUUCCUUGUUAUUUGGGAAGGGCUCAGCGGCGUGGUUAUCUACACUGACUGGACCAGGAAUAGAUGCCUUUCCAAGAUGGCGCCUUUCCAAGAUGGCGCACUUGCUCAUUCACACCCUGGUAAGUUAUGCUGGGUGCACAACAGGGCCUAUUACCGCAAGGCUUGCUUCUCUUCAUGUGGCCUCCCCACUGCCUGAUUUGGGCUCUUCACUGCAUGGCAGCUGGUUCUAAAGGAGGAUCCUAAAGGGAAAACAUGGAAGAGGAAGUGUGAGCUGUUAUCAGGCCUCUGCUUGUAUCUCAUUGACUGUCCCAGCGUCUGUCCCAGCACAGUGGAUCCCAAAGAUGUCCACACCGGAAUCCUGACUGUGGCACCUUUAGGGAAUGGGGAUUUUGCCGUUUUCAUCCUACAGAGUCUAUAGAUAGUCCCAUAGAUAGAAACAUUGGCUUCUGUUACUUGGAUAGGCUGAAGUUAUUACACAGGCCCUUAAAAGAGUCGGGAGAGCCUGGUCACAGAGAAAGGUAGUAACAGUAGCAUUGGUUUUGGAGAUGGAAGAACGGACGAUAAGCCAAAGAGAGCAGACAACUUUUCAAGGAUAAAAAUGGCCAGAAAUGUGCUUCCCCCCCAGAGACUCCGGAAGGGACCUCACUUCUGGUAUUUUGAGUUUAUCUUCAGAGGAUUCACCCAAAUCAGAAUAUCAUCUUCAGAAAGUAAUUUCUACAAAUGUGGGUAUUUAAUGGGUGUCUUGGAGGAAUUUUUCUAGUACAGAAGUAAGUACCUACUCUCUGUAGUAAAUUCAAGCUAACAUUUAUCCUGACUUGUGAAAUGUGACACCGUUUUAGCCCUUGGAUCAGGACCAUUCUAAGAGUUGUCUUCUCUCUUACAAAGCCUGAGACAGUGUCUGACUAUGUAACCAAAGCUGGCUUUUAAACAACAUUCUGCCCCAGCCUUCCACGUGCUGAGAUAUUGGGCACGCACCAACUCACCCGAUUCUUUUCCUAAGUUUUUGUUAGGAAAAAAAAGCAAUUUAACUAGGUUUGGUUCACACUCACAGUUCCAUUAUCAGGAGGCAGAGGCAGGAGGCCAGCCUGAGUUACCUAGCAAGACUUUGUCUCAGGAAAAAAGUAUUUUUUCAAAUAUUAAGAAAACCUUAAGAAUACUACAAGGCUAAAGACGGAGCUCAGGUUGGGAUGUUUGCCUGGUGUGUGAUCCCAAGACUGCACAUUUAAAGAAGGAGAAGAAAAAAAAUACGACAAAGUACCAGACAGCAGACGCCUAGAUCUAAUAGCUGCUAAUAGUUGCCAUAUUGGACUAAUUGAUAUGUGCACGCACACGCAUGUAAAUGAAGGAAGUAUGGUUCGCUCUGUGUGCAGACUGCUGAACUGUUCAAACUGUCAGGUGCUGAGUCUCUUAGAGCACGCCACAUAGCUGUAGAGAUGUUUCACUCUUAUCACCACACUGCUCCAUAACAGCUAAGAACAUUAAUAAUUCAUGUCACAUAGGUCUGGAUUCAGCUCUCCCCAUGAACCCAAAGCCCUUUGGUCCAUCAUGUAUCUGUUUGUCUGUAGCACUGACCUGUUAUCUGAUUCUUGUUCUAAAGCAGCCCUGCUAACUUGCUUUCCUUUUGCACGGCCAUUGACUUCCCUGGGGUAUCGAUCCAUCUGCCCUUUACCCUAUGUGUGCCCUGUUACUCUCUUCCUCUGACCUGUCCACCGCUGCCACAUUCCCUGUAAGUUGGAGUUAUGCUUGAAGGCUACACAAAUGAGGGUGAGCACUCCGAGCAUGAAGUUUACAUAUACAUACGUGAUGCUGUGUGUAACAUCACAUUUAGAGGCUCCAUGUCCCAUGUCAACUUUCAGGUGAAGUGACUUCAGUCCCUGGGUUAAAGUGGGGAUCAUGAAGUCACACCGUGAAGAAAAGGACUUUUUUCCCCUCUGAAACUAUCAGAACUAUAAGGCUAGAGCCGUUCCUUGGCCUCUCUCCUCGAGAUGGCUGUUGCUCUCUUUGAUAACCUGAAUUGGACAACUGGUGAUUUCUUUUGGCUUUGUUUUUCCAGAUAGUGUUUCUCUGUGUAGCCCAGGCGGUCCUGUAACUCAGAAAGAUCCUCCUGUCUCUGCUUCCCAAGUGCUGGGACUAAAGGUGUGUGCCACCCCCAGCCUGGCAAUAAUUUGUUUAAACUGUUAUUCUUUCUAUGUUUAUUAGCUAAAAUUUGUUAUUUUUGAGCCACUUUGUAGGUUUACACAGACUUUAUAUUUCCACUCUUUCAAACCUUGAAUCAGUCCCUUUUUCUGAGCUAUUUUGUCUCUUUUUAACAAGAAACUUAAAAAUCAAGAUCAAGCCCUCCUUAGAGAUCGGAGACCCCUUACUAGAGAAAGCUAAGAAACACAUUUUUAUAGUCAACCACAUCUCAGACCAAAUUUAACACAUCAAGUAUUUCUCAAAAGGUUUUAGCUUUUAAGUAUUUUUGUGUCGUAUCUUCCCCAACUGGAAUUUUGAUUCUCAUAUAUGAAUAAGUUCACAUGAAGAUUCUUACAUAAAAGAGCUUCAAAUCGAUAACUCAGAUAUUAUUACUGGCAAUAAAGUGACCAAGUGACAUUUUCUUCAUUGUGAUUUGUAUUCGUGUGUCUUUAGGACAUAUCCCACUACAGACGCAGAGCGCUGGGCUUAAACCCUGUGUCUUUAGUCAUUUCUUUGUGUGUUCGUAUUAUCAAUCUGAUAAACAGGUCCUUUUGAAGAUUUUUUUUUUAGUUGUGUGUGUGUGCAUGCAUAUCUGUCUGUGGAAACAUGCAUGUUAGUGGAAUAAAAGGGUGUCAAACUUCCUGGAGCAGAAGUUACGGGCUGUCGUGAGCCACUUGACAUGGUACUGGAACCUGCGGACCCAUGGCUCCAGCCCCAGGCUCUGUGUGUGUGUGUGUGUGUGUGUGUGUGUGUGUGUGUGUGUGUGUGUGUGUGUGUGUGUAAAAUCACCUAUUAGGUCCCUUUCCCCAAAUUAGUAUUUUCAGACAAUGUAAAAUAUUUUCAUGACAUAACUACAUAAUAUAAUAACUUCAUAGGAAUCGGCCAACCCCCCCCCCCCCCACACACACACACAAGCCUGUGUUCCUUUUUGUUUAGCCUUUUUGUCUUCUGGUAAAAUAAACAUCUUUUGUGUCCAUUCUCAUUUCCCUUUCUCUCAGACAGGAUAAGCACGCCCUGUGUGCCUUCUUCACCCUGCCCUGGCUGCUUUUCCGGACAGCCUGGAAUUCAUUCCUGAGCAACCACGAGGGCUGUCUUCUUUCUCUUUCGUGUGUAAUGGUUCACUGGGUGGGUGGACGUGAGUGGAUUCAGCCAGCCCUGUCUCGAUUGACUCCUGGGUUGUUUCUUAUCUUUUAUCUGACAGACAGCGAGGCAGUGAGUCCUCUCCAGAGCCGUACCGUACUUGCACCCAUGAAGGUGUGUCCUCAAGUGCAAAUGAUGGCCGGAAAAAGAUGAAAAUUGCCAAGGCUCUCUUGUUUUGUUUUGUUUCUUUUUGUUUGGUGUGACUCAGCUCUCCAUCCAGACAUAACAGGGCUUGGUACUUUCCCAUCCUUAAGAAUAUGUGGACAUGUCUGUGUGUCCACGGGCAAACUGAUUCUCAGAAUUUUUGUUCUUCGUCAGUAGGAUAACUGAGGAAUAAUAUCUCAGCUUAGUUUUUUGUUCAUUCGGUUACCAGAAAAGUUGUACAGUUUGUGUUAAGUACGGAGGGGCAUUUCUCUCUGCUCCCAGUAAAUGAUACACAUCUCUUAUUUAUCUUUGUGUUACGCUUUAGUCUUUUUUAGUCUCCAUUAUAAGAGCUUUUUCUAAUCGUAGUGAUAUUAAACUCUUGUUUCUGACAUAAAUUGCCAGAGAUUUUCGAUCUUAGUUUGGCUUUGCCUUUUGACUUUUCUUUUUUAAAAAUGUCUUCUCUUAGCAGUGCAUUCAUUUGAUUUUACUUUCUAAUAGCCGGUUUUUAUCAGUCUUGUGAACAAAUUUAUCAAUCUUGCAUAGCAAAUUGUAGUUUCAAGGGUCUUUUUUCCCCCUCACUUCUGUUAUUAAGGACUUGCCCAUGCUGCUACUCAAGACACGCCGAAUUUCAUUGUCUACAAAAUAUCCAACAUGUUUGAAGGUUUUUUUCUGAUGAGUACCGAGAUAGUUGGAUUGGAUUUGAUGCUAGUCUGUAAGACCACCCAUCCUCCCACACACCCGAAAAUUUAGAUACCAAAUUUCUACGUGUUUGUCAACUUCCUGUUCUGUCCACUGAUCCAUCAAACCCCGAGAAUUUUCAAGAUUGCCUUGGUAUAUAUCUGUCAGUAGAGGGACAGAACACCUUACCAUGCUCUCCACAGCUGGAACCAGGCCAGCUCCAGAUGGUACAGGCCCAUCAUGGAGCACUUAGCCUGUAUUGUAGAGUAGCCGUGGUCUAUACUAUUAAACCUGUAAUUGACAUCAUACCAGACUCUGCAAUCCACAUCUACCAACGGAUUCAUCAAAGGCAGCAGUAUCUUCAGAAGGAGCCUGGGGACAGCUGGCACAUCCUUUCCUCAGAGGUACAUGCUCUCAGAGCUCUUCCUGAAGCAUGCUGGGCUCUCUGGGUACCAUGUGCUAGUCUACACUCUUUGGCUCCCUGUGGAAUUGCUUUUGAUGUGCAAUAGUGUAGUGACAGGGUCAGGGUUCUAUAUUGAGAGAUGUGCUAAGAAAAAACUCUGUGAAACUCAAGAGUGCUGGGAAUUCAUUAGAUCAUUCUCCAGCUCCUGGUUUUAUAUUAUUUCUUCUAUAUUUAUCCUGAUUUCCUUACAUUACUUUCUGUUCCUCAUUUAUACACAUCUUUGCAAGCUGUUUUGGAGUACAGGAUGCAUUCUUGUGGGAGGAAGAGAGGAAGCAAGGGAAUCACACAAGACCGGUGGCUUCAUGACGCUGAAACAUUUGAAGAAUGCACAGUCCUUGGUUUCAGGCCAGAUUUACUGGACUCUUCAAAGCCUCCACUGCUGGACAAGUUUAGUUCAUGCAGAAAAAUACCUUUGUUUCAGGUCAAAUGGGUUUCGUCUUUUAAAUCUUACGGUUUUACACAGGGUGCGAAUAGGUGCAGAAGGAUGUUUAAGUCUACACAGGUGCAGACGGGGACUUUAGUGACCAGUCAGCUUGGGCAUUGGCUUUGAUUUUGUUGGAUGAAUCUGCAUCUUGGCUUGUCUCUGUUACCAUGCAGGUGUGUUUGAGUGAAAGCUGUUUCUUCCCUGUGAUCAGAUGGUCUUUCUGCUGGGCCUUCACCGCACACACUCUCUAGCCUCCUGCUUUUGUGAAGGAUGGGUGCCUCCCUCUCCACAGGACGUUUGAUGACCUAACAGCCCACCUAACCUGUGCAUGGGCUUCAGGAGAAAUUGUUGCCUGCCUGUGCCCUUUAUGUUUCCCUGUGUUCUAGUCUAACAGCCCUUUGGGGAGUGCCUGUACUGUUGCAUUUGAGCAAACAUCCUUGUGGACAUAAAAAGGCAACCCUCCCCUAAAUCAGCCUGAACACGUCCCCGACACCGGUAAUGACUUUGUUUGGAGCCGAGGUGAGGUCCUUCAUAAAUGACUAUGCUUCCCAGCACUUACACUACCGUGUUCUUGGUCUUUAUCUAAAGGACCUAUUUCAUAGAGCUCUGAAAUGGAAUAAACUCUGGAAGCAGAGAAAAGGACCCAGACUGCCACAGGCAAGUGUUUGCCAUUGCCUUGGCCUUUGCUUUGGACAUAUUACUGUGGUGCUGGGGUGUCAGAUGGCUUUUGCCAUCUGACUUCCAAGACAAACACUGUCCAGAGCUCUAGAGUAAUGGACUGCAGUUCUGGAGAAAGCCAGAGAGGUUCAAGAUAGUCUGUCAACUGACUUAAAGAGACGGUCAAGAUGACUCCUUCAUAGAAAUGGUCCCUUUCCUGGGAGGAAUGUGAUACCUAAGACUAAAACUACUCAGGCCUUAUUAGCAUAGCAGGACUUUGCUUCCCUUAGAAGAUCUGGGGCAGACAUGAACCCCUGGGAAAGGGUCUGAAACUCAGGGUGAAUGUUUUUUAGUACCAAGAGUUCUCUUUAAUCUCAGAGUGCCCUGCCACCAGCUGUUCUCUGCCUCUACAAGUCUAAACAGUAAGAUCUUGAACCUUUGUCUGUGUGUCAGGCACCGCUGCCAGUAUUUUAUAUGGCUAACCCAAUCAAGUCUUUAGACAACAGUUCUUUGAGGCAGUUGAUCUCCGAAUCCUUUACAGAUAAGGAACCAGAGGUAUGUGGAGGUGAAGGGAGUCCACUACAGUUGACCAGGAAACAGAAACCCCUGCCUGGGAAGUGACAUAGGCAGAGAUAAGGAAGGGCCUGAGAAUUUCCCUAAUGGUCAGCUGACACUGCGGAACUAGACCCCAGGAAUGCUCUGCUCCCACCCUGGGAAUGCUAGAAGUCAAAACUUGCUCCCUGGGAGCUAUCAACUGUAGGGACAUUCACCUCAGCCGCCAUCUGGAAUCCUGGAAGGGUCGCUAUGUUUGUUUGCAUAAUUAUGUCACUUAUACGGGUUCUCUAGGGCUUUUCAACACACCCAUAAAACCAGUAGCUGCUCUCCUUGCCUCUGCUCGCCAGAGAACUGAGAAACCUGCAGCCAUGUGGUUCCUCUCAUGCCCAUAGACCCUCAGAUCUACUUACGUGCAUCUGCUAGGUAGAUCUAAAAUCACAUCUAGAGCCUGGCAGUGCGAGGGAGUAAGCUGUUGCUGCUUUCUCAACUCGGAAACGCAGGAAGGAACAUCAGGAAGACGGUAUAAUUGACAUUGAGUGAGUCUGUCUGCCUCGCCCCCAGCAAUAGUUCUACAGAGUUGUACCAGGAUUUGAAGCCAGGGUCUGAGCUUGGCAACCUGCUCAGCCUCUCCCACCUCAUAUGCUCAGGACUACGGGCUGACCAUGCUAUGGAGUAUUCCCACUGCCCUCCUUCAGCAGGUCUGCAGUUGGACCUUAUAUGGCCUCUCUGAGUUCGGAGCUGGCCUCCGAAUCCUGUGUAGGGCUGGGAUUGAUGCUUUGCACUUAGCAUCAGUUGGCCAAGGGUAUCAGUUACUUACUGGUAAAAUGAUGCUUCGUAUGCAGUAAGUGUCCCUAAACUCACUGAUUUAAACAGCAAGCGCAGAUUUGAUUGUUUUUUCCCCCUCUGUAGAUUAGCUAGGCCUUUUGUCCUUGCCUGGUUCCAUUCAUGCACAUGUGGUGAGCUGCAGGUGAUGGGGUAGUCUUGUCUGGGGUCUCUCAUGUACUUGGAGAGAGUUGACAGAUCAUGUACUUGGUAAGCUAGUCCCUCCACCGUCUUGGCCUGAGAUAGAAAAGGAAGUAGAAGGUCACAUGCGUCUCUCCCAAGGCAAAUUAGAUGGCCAUACUCAAACAAUGUCAAGGUAGGAAAAGCCUACAAACUCAACAGGGUAAAGGGUGAGGUACAGGGAGUCAUUUCCAAGGACUAUCGGUGCAAGCAUUGGCCUCAUUCGGGGACUUUAAGGCUCAAUGUUCAACUGAGCACCUUAGAAGGCAUGAAAGGUCAUGUGCUCUGGACGCACACAGGUAAAAUCCAAUGCAGACUCAGCACCUAGGAGCUACCCAGCAAGGCUCCGUACAGGCCUGUUCCUUCUGGCUCUGAGCUGUGUUCAAGCCAGGGCUUCUCCAAGCUCCCGUGAACUCAGGGACACAGCCAUUAACUGGCAGGGCCUCUGCUUAACAGAGCCGCUCCUCAUCAGUUUGACAUCACAAGUAACACACUCAAUUGCCAAUUAAAAGGCCCAUGUCCUCAGUGUGACAAAUAGCAGGGAAAACAAUUCUACAAUUCAGAACACACUCAGGAGAACAUGAAGCACGUUCAUCACAACCCCGGCGCCGGCCUUGUACAGUGGCUUUCAUCUGCCUCUCGGCAAGACAGAACAUGACACUCCCAGGAUUUCAAGGGUUGGCUCAAUCUGGCCAGGCACGACUUGCUGCUGCCAAUCACAGAGUGCUUGCCCCAGCCUCUCAGGAUCAUGUGAGGGGUCAGGAUUGUUUUUCUGUAGCUUAGACAUCCGCUUGCCCAUCUGAUGUUUUCUUAGUUCAUAUGUAAUUACUAGCUGUCCCCUAAGAGAGCAAGGGACCGUGACCUAAUGAAACCUGAUCCUCUACGGAGUAUGGAGGACUGCCUGGAGUCCCCAGGACUGGAGCCGGGCAGUUAGCAGCUCUGGUACUGAAAGAAUCUAGAGAAAGUAGACAUGUCUCGUGUUUUUCUUUUGCAGCCAUUUCCCUUAAAGUAAAGUUGUCUAUCCUGGUCCCCACGUGGCUGUCAUCUCGGAUCUCUUUUAAGUAAAAUGAUUAAUGAUGAUGAUGAUGACUUUCAUUGAGAUGCAGUUUACACUCUAUACAAUUCACCCACUUGAAGCUUACAAUUGAGUGCUUUUUUAAAUAUGUCCACAGAUAUGCACACCAUGGACAUGACAGCCAGCCUCAGAAUAUUUUCAUCUCCUCAAAAAGCAUCCUCGUCCCCAUUACACAUUAUCCCCACCCCCAUUUCCCUGGCAACCACUAAUCCACUUCCAUUUCCCUGAUUUCCCUAUUGUGGAUCAAUGGUGUGAAAGGAAUCGGGCAGCAUGGGAUCUUUGGUUGACUGUGUUCUUUCACGUACCAUAAGCCAGGUAACAUUUUAAAACGUAGUUAGCAUAUAUAUGUGGUAUGCAUGCGUGUUUGAAAGUAUAUGGGUAGACACGUGUGCAGAGGUAGGGGUGUGUGUGUGUGUGUGUGUGUGUGUGUGUGUGUCUGUGUGUCUGUGUGUGUGUGUGUGCACGCAACUUACAUGUACACACCAGAGGUUGACAUCAGGUAACUUCCUUGGUCAUUCACCGCCUUUUAUAAUAAGGCACAGCCUCUCAAUUAAAGUGGGAACUAGGAGGAUCUAUCUACUUGACAGCUUUCUCCAGGAAUCUUCUGUCUUUUCCUCCCAGUUGAUUGGAUUACAGACUGGCUGCAGUGGCUACCCAGCAUUUCUGUGGGUGCUGGGGACAUACACCCCAGUCCUCCUGCUUGUGUGGCAUGCUCUUUACUAACCUGUCUCCCUGCUCCCAAGUAAUACUUUUUUUAAAAAAAAUACCGUGCUAUGAAUCCUGGCUUCACAACCAAUUGGCUACAUGGUUUUAAGCAAAUGACUUUUAUCUUUCCUGUGCCUAUUUUUCCAUUGUAAUAGAGGAAGAGUUCUGAUGCUCAUUCCAGCGGGGCUCCUGGGGCUUCAGGCCGUGCCUGGGACAUGGGAAGGGCCUCGGAAAGAUGGAAAAAUGUUCACUGUUUUUCUGAUGGUAUUUUUUUUUGGAAUACACUGUGUGUGUGUGUGUGUGUGUGUGUGUGUGUGUGUGUGUGUGUGUGUGUCUAUCUCUCUGUCUCUCUGUCUCUGUCUCUCUUUGUGUGUGUGUGUCUGUCUCUCUGUCUCUCUGUCUCUCUGUCUCUCUGUCUCUCUCUGUCUCUGUCUCUCUCUGUCUCUGUGUGUGUGUGUGUGUGUGUGUGUGUGUGUGUGUGUUUUCUCCCUCUCUGUGUGUUUUCGUCUUUCCAAGCAAACAUUUCCAGCAGUUUACAGAUUUUCCCAUAUGGACCAUACUAUGUCCUAGACACAAAGGAGCCUUGUGCAUACCUUGCAAAUUCUCACUUGUUCAGAAACUACUGCACACAUACCUCCUCUCUCAGGACAAUCUAGUGGUCCCUCUUUGACUCUGGAGUUCUGCUGUUGAAAACCUACUAAAAAAAUUUCCCACGAUCCCAGUGAAAACACCUGCUUCUUUGCUCUGGUCUGUGAGACUUGCCUGAUGCCUGGCACCCUGUUUGUGGCCCCUAGAUUGGGAAGGUUUGGGGUUGGCUCUAGUCUAUUCUGUCAUCCUUCCUGUGUUGUGUCUGUAGGAAGAGUAGAGGGGAGGUCUUUAACUUGGAAAACCUGUCUGUUGUUCUGCAGGCUGCUAGUGGGUGGGAAAGUAGGGGAAAAAUCACAGCUGAUCCUAAAAUAGUUUGGGAACAUUGGCUGGAAAUAGACCUGAGCCCACUCAGGCUGCUGACCACGAUCGUGUCCUCAAGGCUGAGGUUGUGAGAAGGGCAAGUGUGACCGCAGCCCUGCUGAAAGAAGCCUUUAUCACACCACACUUCCCCUUGGCAGCAUCUCACAGUGACUGGUGACCCGCAGUGAUGUGCUGACCGUUAACAUCAACUGCAGAAGUGACACCAACACAUUUAGGAAAUCAGAGGAUAGAAGAAAGGGGAAUACACCCUUCAACCCAACGCACUCACUGGCCUUGCGUUUGAGUAUCCUUCCCGUGUGUAGUCCAGCAGAGCAUUGUGACGAUCAGUGGAGUCCGCUGGGUACUCAGAAUGAGACCUGGAGAGCUAGCUCAGGGCUUCUGAGUGAAGCACUCGGUUUACACUGGAGCCGUGGUUUCUUUGUGCAUUUUUUAUGUCCUUUCUCAUCUGGCUUUGUCUCCCCUGAAGAUUGAUUGUCAACUUGUACAGACCAAGAGCUGCCGUUGUGUCCUUUCACAGGAGUGUGCAUUUUGUCAGAAAAAAGUAGAUUUUUUUAAAAAAAUGUUUAUGCCUACAAUGUACUUUUAUCGACUUGUGGAUACAGAUGUUGUCUCUGGAAAGUGGCAAAUGCCUGUGGACCUCUCCUCAUUGGCCAGUUGACAUAAUCCCAAAGAAACUCAGCUUCGACCAAAGCUGUGUUUCUGUGACUAUCCUUGCUCCCUGGGACUUCUGACGCUUGCGUGAUGUGACAGAAAACCUGUCCGUGUAUUUUAGGGCCAAGGAGCAAGGACUCGCUGCAGUUUCUAGACAUUGCUGGUGCUUUGGUUCCCGUAAUGGAACUUUAGAAACACUGUUGGAUCGUGAGGAAGAGUCUCCCUGCUGUAUGGGGAUUCUGGAGAAAGAACCCACCAAGCAGAGCCAUCCUUGCCUGGAGUAGGGAGCCUUCCUCCAUGACUGUGACUCUUGUCUCUCUGAACACAUUGAGAAAUGGAAUCCAGCGUACCUGAUACGCAAAGACACCAUUUCAAUUAAGCUAGAGAAACAGGAUAUAUGACCAGCAUGUUUUCUGUCACAGGUGGUGGCUUGAAAAAGUCAGCUUAUAUGAACAUUUGAAGAAAAAAAAAAGACCAUAAAAUAAGAACUUGGUAUUUUGCUUUUUGAGGUGUUUUGUUUUUCUUUCCUAUGAGGAGGAAAAUCGAGGCACAGCAGUAACUUGCUACUAACAAGCCCUAGCACCUGCCACUUCAGUUACCAUUAGACUUUUAGAAGGAAGCUGUUUGGGAACUUGUUUGAAGAGCCCUUCUAUGUGGAAGGAUGUGACAGUGUUGGGACCCAGGUCAGUGAGACCUGUACUUGCUAUGUCUGUUCCUUAACAGCUGAUGCCCACAGAGAGGGUGAGUUAUGAGUACAGGCCUGCUUUUAAAGUGUCUAGUCCAUGCUGAAUCGUUCUGUAUUGUUCCAGGAUGACUCCUGUUUCGUUAGGGCCUUUAAACCUGUGAGUCAUCUUUGGAUCAGUUCUCCUUUUGAGACUUCUGUUGGCUCCCCUUUGUCCAAAGAUGAAGCCCAGGAUCCUUGACAUUGCAUCAGACCCUGUAGGCAUUGGACACUGCCUUUCUUAUCAACCUCCAAGCUCUGCCUCCCUCCUUCCCCCCCCCAACCCUGUCCCCAAAGUAGCGAGACGCAGUGGAUUACGCUAUAGGAUGAGCUUAGGAAAAGAUUAAGCUGGUAUGUUUAUUCUUUAUUUCAUAUAGUAAUUGUUUUUAAAAAAAAGAAAAGAAAAAGAAUCCUAUUUUUAUGCUUAGUAGAAUGGAUUUUACUUAAACCUCCAGGCGGACUCCGUUUAAAUUCGUCUAGAAAAUGUAUAGCCUUGAUGUUUUUGUGGAACCUUGAUAUAUGUUCUUUACAAAAUCCUGAUUUUUUUUUAAAAAGAUGCAGAUUAUACAUUUUAAAGCAGUUAUUUAGCCAGCGCUUUCUGAUUCUUCCUAUAAUCAUAUCAGAAAACAGAACAAUGAUUCUGUUAUUGCGUUUGCAGCCUCCCAUGCCUGCCAGAAGGCCCCUCUUGGAGCUUCUCUGUCAUUUUUGCAGUUUUUCCAUUCGCACAAUUUUUUUUCCUAACCCCUCCCUAACCCAGAUCUCUUUUAUGGUAAUUUUUUUUAAAACAACAGAUUACCUUGUGGUACCUCUUGCUUGUCUGACCUGUGCCACCACGUUGUAUGCAGAUCAUACAACCACACCACCCACCCCGGCACGUGGCACCCAACUGCCUCUGGAUUGAAGAGAGUGAGGAGAUUUGAGUCAGGUUUGACAAUGUGUAGUCACAGGAGCUGGGAUGGGGGCACAUUUGCUUCUUCUCUUGUAUGACACCAUUGUGCAGUAAAUUUGAAGCCUUUAAAGCUACAUCGGUAGCGAAUUAAAGACUAGCCUUCACUCCUCGAAUGACAGUUCUUCUCAAACCUGACUCCUGCUUCAGCUGAUGACGUCAGUCUCUUACGUAAACAGUGGCAAUGGUAGAUAUAAAAUUAGCUAACUCUCAAACUAAUUAGUUAACUCAUGAAACUGGACCACUUGGUCCAUGAUCUCUUAGGACUGAUUAAAAGCUCUGUUUAAAGAAAGUCAACUGAAAAAUUGUAUGUGUUUGUAUCUCUGUGUGCAUGCAUGUGUGUGGGUGUGCGUGUGUGUCAGUGUGUGUAGACACAAGUGCAAGUUCUUUUAUAGCCCAGACGAGGGUCUACCAUAUGUAGGAGAUGGAGUUACAGGCAGUUAGGAGCUGCUCAAAGCACGUCCUGGAAAAUAAACUCCAGUCCUCUGCAAUGGAAGAAAAUGUUCUUAACUACUGAGCCUUCUCUCAAGCCCCUAUUUUUUAUUAAAAAAAUAAAUAAUCAAACGUUAUGCGUUGUGAUUGAGAGUUUCAUUUUGAGUCAAAUGUUUUUCAAACUCAACCAACUUGAAAACUGUGGUUUUGCUCAAUCGGAUUGGUUGCUGGUUACUGUUAACACAAUUAGUGCUGUCAUCAACCUUGACGUGUCUGGUUUUCACGAAGGCCUGUGUUCAAAAAAAAAAAAAGCAACUAGAAGUGGAAAUGCAUGAGUUUAAGAUAUUUGAAGCUUGGGGUUUGUUCAAAUGUCUGCUGAAGAACUUCCUGAGGUCAGGCAGAAGUUUGCUCUUGUAUAGUAAAGAGCAGAGGUACGCAUGCGUUCCCAAGCCUGUUAGUGCUGCCGUGACACGGGCAAGCAUUCCCAGGCUCUUCUGACUCCAAUGGUUACAAGAAGCAUCAUCUCCCCCAGACCCAUACUCUGCAAAGGCCUCCUGUCCAAAUACAGUCACAGUGUUUGUGAGGAAGGUUACAUACGUCAUAUGGGAACAUCCCAAUCCACCUGAAUAGUGACAUUAUGGAACGAAGAACCAGGGACCACCAGACAGAAGACCAAGUGACGUUACAUGGAGACAGUAACUGCCUGCAAACUGUGGAGAGGGCACUUCAGGAGAAAGCCAACAGGCUGACGCUAAUCUUGGACUCACCAACCACAAGGAAAACUAUUUUUGUCGUUUAAACUACCAAGCCUGGGGUGUUUUGUUACGCAUUGCUAGCAAACUCUUGAAGCCAGUGUCCCCAUCUUAAAGAAGACCCCUUCUUAGCAGCUUCCUGUGUAGUAACAGGGGCCAGCUUUCUCCCUUGUUCAUAGCUGGAGAAGCAAAAGCAGAGAAGACCCCAGGGCACUUGGCACAGUAGGGCAGUGCCAGCCACAGACUGAUCAGGAGCCAUUUCCACAGAAGUCAGCCAGGUCCCACAGGCAGAGUGCCCGUGGAGCUGUGUGGAUGACCUGAGAAGAAUCAAGUGGAAGCAUUUGUUCAAGGGUCCUCGGAGCAGGGAACCGGCCUUUUUACUAGAGGACUCUGCCUCCCUCUCCUCUAUGGAUCCUAACGUCUGAGAACUAAUUCUGAGACUCCCUCUAGUAAAGCUGCGUGAUGUGCGUCUAGCACCCACGAGCGAGGAGCGGAAACAUUCCUCUGCCAGUUGGGCAGGUUUUUGGCGAUUUGUGCUCAAGUUGCGUUUUCCGUUCCUGCCACGUUGCGCGCUUCCGCCACAUGCAGCUUUGCCACAGUGACUGAGGCUCUUUGACAACUCAUGAGUGUUAAGCUAUUAGAGUCUGCCCCCGCUGUAAAAUACCAGAGAGGUGGCUACUUCUCAGUUUCCAAAGUUUCCCAGGGUGGCAUCUCAGAAGCAACCUUAAUAAAUGCCAGUUCUCCGUGGGCAGGCCAUGAAUAAGGCUUUUCUUGUGAUCCGCAUCCUGUUCCAAAUGUGCUGAAGGGCUCUGGGGAAAACCAGAAUGACUGAAGUCAGAAGACAGACACAUCUGCACAAGCCAGUGCAGAAGAAGCAGGCAGGAGCAGAAGGGAGCAGGGCAUCCAUGAACUUCACACGUGUCUCGGGCAGAAGAGCAUGUGACAAAGUGUAUUCAAGACCCUUCCCCAGGCAUCUACUGAGUCCCAAUUUAAUGCCUGGUUCUAUGCCAUCCUGAUGGAGGGUUGGAACCAGACGGAACUGGUACCAGUCUCUGGAAGAGGACAGGGCAGGACCUCAGGGAGAAAGCACAGGAGAGAUGGUAAUCGUGUGCAGGGUGUGUCCGUAGCAGAUGAGAUCAUCUAGACUGAGUUCACAUGGACUCAGAACAAGGAAUGCCCAGGUCUUUGGGGCUGGAGUUGCCUCCUUUCCUGUGGGAAGCAGGGCUACGAACUCACACGGACCUGGAGGAGAGGUGGUCAGUGGUUGCUAUUUCUUACCUCUACCCUUCCUUCCCCUUGAUUCCUCUUCACCCUGGGGGGUUCUGUAAAAGUCCUGGGUUGCUUUCUCACUUAGAGCCCCUUCUGUUCCCCAGAACCCCUUCUCCCCAAGCUAGGUGUUGGCUUUGGAGUUGUCACAAGAACUGAUUGGAAUACAAGUUCCUCUCAGCAUGGAUCCUUUUGUUGAAGAUCAAGCCCCUAACUGGUGGUAGCGCCCUUCUGGUGGUGGGAGCCUCGCUGGGGAAGCUGGUCACUGGAGAGUCCACCCUGAGAUCCCAUUGGCUUCCUGUAUUCUUCGCCCCGCCUUCUGCCUGCAUAAGAAGAUCAGCUUUCCCACGGGUUCUCACCUUAGGCUCUGCCUCACAUGCAGGCCCUGAAGCCAUGGAGCCACUGCCGACUGUUUGAGUUGGGAAUUUUACUGCAGCAACAAACAGCUGAACCGCGCUGUUGGCGGCUGUGCCCACAGACUGUGUGCAGGUGGCCAGCAUUACCUGAGAGAUGGGACAUUGAAGUCUCUCAUACACUGCAGGCUCUAAGGAUCUACUUGAAGCUCCUAUCUCCAGAGUGCUCCUUUAAGUAUCCGUUUAACAAGCACGCACUGAAUGCCUGCCUCCUGCUAGGCACUCAGACCAAAACAGGGUCGGAAGACUUCUUUCGCAAGUCAGUAUUUUGGGUUUUGAGGACCACAUCAUGUGUCCAUCCCAGCUGCUCAGUUCACAAAAGUUAAAGGCAGCCAUACACAGCGCAUGCAUGCGUAUCGGAAUGUAGCUUUGGAGUUUUGUUUUGUUUUGUUUUUGGUCUGGUUUGGUUUUUGGUUUGGGUUUUAAUUUGCUGAGACCUGGUUUUUCUGUGUAGCCUUGGCUGUCCUGGAACUCACGCCAUAGACCAGACUAGUCUCACAUUCAGAGAAAUCCACCUGCCUCUGCUUCCUGAGUGCUGGGAUGAAAGGCACGGCCUCCUCUGCCCUAGGCCUUAGGAUGGCUUUGGCCGACAAGAUGGUUGACUGACCUCUGAGCUAGAAACAGAUAUAAACAAAUGAGGACAUUGUCUGCGUGGAGCCUGAACUUGAGGAAGGAACUGAUCAGAAGUAAUCAUAAGUUAUCAUCAGGAACAAGAUUCAUGGCCCUCCAGGGAGGUUUAAUCAUCUCGGGUCAAGAAGGGUUUGAUGUGCGUUAGAAUCUGAAUCAUCAACUGUGAUUGGGUGAAAAGAAAGAGCAGACACUGUGUGGGUGUGUUUUGAGGCAUGACUACAGAGUAUAGAGAACCACGAGAAGGCGGUGGAAAUGGUGCCGGGUAAUCCAGAGAGGCAUGAAGUGCUCAGAUUGGGGAGCGAUAGCCAGUUCAUGCACAGCCCUGGGUCACUCCGUACCUCCCGUCUUCAUCUGCGUCUCAUGGGAAAAGCCGAAAGCAGAGAAGAAAUGGGGUCGGGUUGCAGUUUGAAAAAACUAAUCUGUGCACGACAACAUGACAGCCGGUUGGGGAAUGAGGAGGACAGAGGAUCGUCAUAAAGAAGGAAGUGGAGUGGAAGGCAAAGGAAGAUGCGUCACAAAGGGGUGACAGUAGCUGUAUAUGAAAGACAGGAGUCUGCAGGAUGGCUGUAGGUAUUGAGUUGACAAUUAGGGGGUUGGCAGUGCUGACCAGGAGGGGCCAGGGAGCCCAUGGCUCUUUGGUUUUGUUCAUUUGUUUUGCAUGUGUCUGUGUGUGUUCAUGGGGGUGACUCAUAGGUAUAUGCAGAUUCAUGUGCAUGUGUGUAUAUGCACAUGGAGCCCAAAGUUGAUGCCAGGAGUUUUUCUAGAUCACUCUCCACUUUAUAACUUGACACACAGUAUUUCACUGAGCCUGGGGCUCACCAAUCUUGCCUACUAGUCAACUCGCCUGAGGGAGUAUCUGUCUCUGUCUCUCUUAAUGCUGGGAUUACAAGCGGCCACCAUACCUGCUUGGUUCUCACAUGGGGCAAGUGCUUUAUCCAGUUAAGCCAUCUCUCCAACCUGCUCUUUUUAGAGUGUGUGUGUGUGUGUGUGUGUGUGUGUGUGUGUGUGUGUGUGUGUGUGUGUGUGUGUAGGAGUACACACAUAUGUGCUGCAUGCGUGCAUGCGUGCGGGCAUGUGUGUGUGUAGACCAGAGGGAUCUCGCUUUCCGUCUCAUUUUUUGAGACAGUCUCUCGUUGAACCUGGAGCUCACUAUAAGGCUAGACUAGCUGGCCAGUGAGUGUCAGAGAUCCUCCUAUUUCUGUCUUCACAGCACUAGGAUUACAGGUGCAGACCACCACACUCAGCUCUUUCGUUUCUCACAUGGGUGCUGGGGAUUAGAACUCAGAUCCUCUUGCUAGUGCAGCAAGCCCCUUUACUGACUGAGCCCAGCUCUGCUUCUUUAUUUUUGAGUUGUUUGAAUCAGAGAAUGACACAAUGGGCUUGCGUCACCUUUGAGACAUAGGGUAGAGGUGUCACAUAAGCAGGUCAGAUGCACAGCUGUGGCAGUUGGAGGUGGGAUUGGAGAUAACAUGUCUGGUCGGUCAUCAAUCUGUGGAAGGAAGUUAUUGAACACUGAUCGGAAAUUAGAUCUCAAGGAGAAUGGCAGAGUUUAGAAGAGAAGAGGGAAUAAGGAAACAUCCUGAAGGCCCUGGUGCUCAAUAACGAGGACAGAAGAUGCAUUCUGAUAGACCAGGAGGUAACCCUAGUGAUGGAGAAAGCAGGCACAGUGGGAGGGUUAAGGAUUCUCAGGACCAUUCGCAUUGGCCAGAGUGCCCAGGCCAUUGCCAGCCAUUGGGCAUCUCAGUUAUCCUUCCUGGAGAAUGGGUUCCAGCGUUAGAGGCUUUUUGGGAUAACAGGCAAGCAGAAACCGUCCGAUAACUUAACAACAUGGAGAGGCCUGCAGACCUCAGCCAGAGAAUGGUGGGAGGCAAGGAAGUAGACAGGAAACCCAGACAACACUGCCAGAAGUCUACUGUCCUGUGGAAGAGCUGCACAGGACACAUAGAGGGGGCAUUGGAAGAGGCCGUGGGAUUGGAAUUCCAUUUUAAAAUGAUGGGAAACUGGCAGUUAGGUAUUUAUUCAAAAUACUCGUGCAUUUAUUCAUUUUGUAAACUGUAUCUCACUUAUUUAAUCUAAACCACCCAUUGUGCCUUUUGAGCAGUGUGUUUACUGUGGGCCCUAACCUCAGUUUUAGUUCAUUCCUUUCUUUCCUUGUGAACAGGCAUUUAUUGAGCACGUACUUUCUACCAACCAUGAAGCAAGGUCCCAGAGACGGCCGUGAGUUAGAUACAGCUUGCCGGUUUGUGAGACAUACGGCUUAGUUUACUUCAGUUUACUUCGCUGGUUCUCUCACAAAGAGGGCUUUAUUUUCCUCUUCACCUUCAGGGACAUGGAGUCAAGUCAGAAGAUGUUUUUGAUUUCUCCGACUCAGGGGAAGAAGUACUACUGGCCCCUAGUGGGUAAAGGCCAGAAAUGCUGAUAAACAUCUUCCAGGACCUGGGGUGGGGAGACCCAGGACCAAGAAUACACAAUGUGUGUGCAUAGUAUGUACAGGGCUCAGAGGGUAGGCGUUUAUGUGGAUAGAGAAACUGAAGGUGAGGAGGUGAUGAGGAAGAGGGGAAUACAGGUAUGCACAGAUGUGAUGUGACCCAGAGUGACCCAAGCCAGGAGUCUCCAGGAAGUCAGAAUAGAGGCACCGUUGCUGGUAAGGGCAGAAGUAUGGAUGUAGCCCUAGAAACCAUGCUAGGUGCUUAGUGUUUGUGAGUUAGUGAGUGAGGAACGACUACAGAAUUCCACAUGAGAGGAACCACAUCCACAUCCUAAGAAUGGUAUUUUUUAAUCUUAAUAAUAAUUGUUUAUUUGUCUGUGUGUGUGUGUUUGUGUGUGUGUGUGUGUGUUUUGCGUGUAACUAGUUACUGAAGGAUCAGAGUCUUGACUUCAAGAUGAUGUUUAUGAACAACCUGAGCUAGCCUGUGGUUCUCUCCGCAUCUCCUUUGGAUCUUGUCUCCAGAACCAGCUUCGAGCAUCCGUCAGACCUCCGUUUAUACCUCUUACGCACCAGCGCUUCCUGUGGGCAUUCCAAAGAGUCUGUGCCUCCAGGUUUCAGAGCAGUGGCCUUUAGGCAGCCCCAUCAAUUCCUCCUGAUUGAGAGUUCUCACACAGCUGUUCAGGUCUAGGCACCCUGGCUGCAGUGGCCUUUGCACAGAGAAACGCUUCAGGGAUGUGCUCAUGGGCAAUCACAGUCACCGCUGCCUUGAUCUGUGUGUGAACCGGUGCCCUCCAGUGACCCCUGUACUGUGUUCUGCCUCCUUCAGAGGACACCCUACUCCACCCCACCACCACCCAGUACAUCUCUUCUCCUUCAUCCCGGGAAGAAAGGUGGCUCUGCAUAGUAAAUGAAAUUUGAAGGAGGCUUUGCCUCCCAAAUCCGUAUCCAGUGCACAUCACACUUUGAAGCUGCCCUUCCUGUUAGGAGACUGACUGUAUAUCACAGUCUCUCAUUGCCCAGAGACCAAUUGGGAGAGACCUAGACUUGCAGGUAGACGGGGCUGGUGGGGUCAAGAAGAUCAAAGUUGUAUCUAAAUUUCCAUUGCUCAGGGAAGCCAGGGGUAAGAGACACGUGAGACAGUCCCACCUGGAAGAUUUCAUUGCUAAAUCUCCCAUUAGGAAAGAAGCACUGAAGCAUGUUUGCUUGUUCAAUAGACACAUUUUUCUUUUCUUUGUAUAAGCAAGAGAGGGAUUUGGAUAGGACCUAGGAAUUACUACCUGCUCUAUGAUGGGGGAAGGAACAACUUCCUAAAGAAAGUACAGGCACACUGGCACGUCAGUGGUUAGCAGAGUUCCCUGCAGAGGAAGUCUCUGAUAAUGGCUUAAAAGCUGGGAGUCCACAGCCUAGGACCAUCCCUAUCUGGAAAUGAAGACAAGCCAGAGACCAGGAACUGGAUCAUAGUUGAGAACAUGGGAGAAGCUAGCUCUGAUGCUUUCUUCUGUCUUCUUCCCAUAAUGAUUUCAUUAUAGGGUACAGAAUUCUCCCGGGUUUCAGUUUUCCCAUGUGCAAAAUGAAGGGAUUGUCGAACUAAAGAACUUCUGGAGCUCCUGGUGGCUUUGACCUAUAUAUUAAAUUCCACUUUGGCCAGGGUGUCACUUGCCCACCUGUAGAACUAAGAAAAUUAAUUUUACGCCCAGCUUCCCCCUUUACUGAAAGAAAAGGUCUCAAAAACUUUAAUAAUGCAAAUAUCUAGGGCUUUUAUGCAAAUACUGAUAGAAUUUUAAAAUUUUGUUUAUUUGUACCACUUAAUUCCUUGGACUACAUAUGUUUAAUGUUAUAAACUAUAUAAGCGGUUAACUUAUAAACCCCGCCCUUUUCACUUAAAUUUCACGAGUCAUUAGUUGCACUUCUCCUUCCCAGCUUCACCUCCAGUGUUUGUGGUUCUGUGUAUUUUCUCAAUCACUGGGAAGCUUCUGGAUUCCUCUCCCAAUUUCCCACGGCCUCAGAGAGACAGCGCUUUGAGAAUCUGAGAGUCAGUUAACCCUUCCUCGAAAUUCUUACCGCAAACCAUAGGCCUCAACUCCCCAAAGUGAAUUCUUGGGGGAUGCCUUAGAGAUGAAUAUUUAUGAUACCUUGCAGCAAUUAAUGUCUGCUUGGGGUGCUUUUUAAAUGAUCCGAAAGAUUUGUCUAUACAUGUGGAGAGGUGACUAAGAUGCCUGCUGCUCUUUCAGAGGAUAGGAGUUCAUUUUCUAGCACCCAAGUUGGGUGACUACAACCCCAGUGACUCCAGCUCCAUGGAAUCCCUGUGCUCUCUGUUAGCACACAUUUGUGUGUAUACACACACGCACACGUGUGCGCGCGCGCACACACACACACACACACACACACAAAUGAAAAUAAAAAAAAGUUUUCUAUAUCAAGUAAAUUAUGUACUUGCGUGAAAAAUGACCUCAUGUAACCUGGCACAACAUAAUUAAUAGAGAAAGAAAAAAGAAAAAAAAUGUUUAUAGCUCUACCAAAAUGGUGAGGUUAUAAUCCCAAGACUAAUUACUAUGGCUAUGUCAAAUAAAUUAAUUACUGAGUCCUUUUUACUUUUAUGUGUUCUGUUAAUUGAUAUAAUUGCCUGUUAUUAAAUAAGAGGCAUCAUACUUUUUGAGGGAUAAUGAGGGAUGGCAGAAAGAUGGCCGUGUACAUAGACAUAGACAAAAGUGUUAAUAUGUAGAAUUCUCACUUAAAGCACAUUAGCGUGUUAUAUGGCACACUGAUGCAUUUCUUAUUGGCCCCUCGGUCACCGAUGCCUGUGAAAUAGGUCUCUAAGGAAGCCAAAGGACAGAGAGUAGGCUGGGUUUGCUGGGCCCCCUAAGAACUCGGGUCCACGUUUCCUCCAUUCCAAAUACCAGGAAGUGUGAGACCCUUCUGACCGCUUUCUGCGGACCCACCACUGGGCUUUUGUGUCAAUUAAUGAGCUCAGAGUCAUUUGGAAAUAUGCACUGUGCUCCACAAAAGGAAGUAGUAAUAUAAUCAGAAAUGAUUCUGUCUCAGCACUUCAGCUCGAUUGUGACUAUUAAUGCCCAUUAUCACUGGGUUACCUGAAAUGUGUUUAACAAUCACAGUCACUAAUCAGGGUGCCUGUCCUGGAAAAUGUGCAUUCUCUCCGUCUGGAUCCCACUAGGUAUUGUGCCAUUUACUGUUUUAAAUGUUUUUUUUUUUUUUCAGAUAAUUGGAACCUGCUACCUCAGACUUUGAAAAGGAAUGUAGCGGGUGGUUGGGGAUUUAGCUCAGCGGUAGAGCGCUUGCCUAGCGAGCACAAGCCCCUGGGUUCGGUCCCCAGCUCCGAAAGAAAAAAAAAAAAAAAAAAAAAAAAAAAAAAAAAAAAAAAGGAAUGUAGCGGGUGACGCCCCGAGAGGUUCAAAGCCAGUACUUCCACCAGGGAAAACAAUGCAGUUUUCAUGCAUGAUGAUUAUAAUAUUAUUCCAUGAUUGCAUGGGGGUUGGGGGGUAGUCUGGUUUUGUCAGACUUUUGAAAGUAGCAAAUUGAGUCCCAUCCAAGUAAUCAGAGGUUAGGAGUCCCUAGCACAGAGUGUUUGCACUUGUUUGCGCCUCUGUCCCCAGAGCCCUUUGCUGACCACUUGGGGCUGACCAGUGGAGUGCCAAGGAGUUCAUUCCCUGACGGUAACCCUCAGCCAAGGACAAAUGGAAGUUGAACAAAAUGUUCCAACUUCCUGGCCUCUGUGAGGAGACAAGAGGACGAUGCACUCUGCUCUCAGAGGCUCCCCGUGGGAUUAACUCACCCACCCACACUAUAUCGUGUUCAGCUAUGGCAAUUUCUCUUGGCUCCCUUCCCUUUCUACCUUACAUCCCUAAAGCCCUUCUGGAGCAUCGAGUAAGGCACUUUGACUAAGGCUCUUGCCUCCCAUCCCUUUUCCAGCUCCGCCUGACGGGGGAGGGUCCACCCGACCAUCCCGCUCUCCGUCCUCUCUUUCUGGAGAAAUCUGGAGUCUCACGACCCCGACCCUGUAUGUGGAGGAGCUUGGCAACCCCCGGACAUCUUGGCAUUUUAAGUCAUCAUCUUGAAAAAUGAAAACACACAGUGUUUCUUCGGGCCUGGCAGGUGGCAGGCAUAAUUUCUUUUUCCCACCUCUUCUCUUAAACAUCACUACUCCAUUCAAGUGAGGCAAGAUGAAUUAAUCCAGGCCCGAUGUAAAAUGCCCAAGAUCGGUGCCCUCCUUCCGAACAUGUAUCCAUGUACUCUUAGAUAAUUUAUGUAUAAUUUUAAUAGAUUUGUCAACAGCGGCCCUUCUUCAUCUAAAAAGGCCGCUUACAGACAGACCACUUAAUUUGCUCCUCAAUGGUAUUUUUCAUACAUGGUUACUGCUCGGCCGACAGAUACCAGAUGAUCCCAUUAUAAACACAUUUGACAUGGCUUCUGCUGAGGGGAUGGGCACGCUCAAGGUCUGCUACACUGUGUACAACAGUUCACCCCCCUCACGUAACAGUCUGAGAGCAGGCACUGAGGCCAGAGUCCCUAUCAGUGUGCAUGUAUUACUGAUGAGAGCCGAAUUCUGCCACUGGAACCGAGGGAGGGAGUGGUCACCUGCCACCAACUCCCACUUCUUAACUGUCUCUGCAUGAGGAGGAUUAGCUCACCCUCCUAGCUCUCAGCCUAGCCUGGGGGCAGGCUAGGGUGUGUGGGGUAGAGCAUUCUGCACCAGUUAUAGGUGGAACAUGGUGGGAAGUAUCUUCAUGCCUUGGUGGACAGGUCUGAGGUGCUCCUCCCUCCUAAGUCCAGCUUGUUCACAAUGGUAAUCUGCUUGCUAAUAUACUCACCGUUAUUCCCUCCUGCCCUUUCUUACAUCCCCAUUAGCUCAUGAUGCUUCCUGAAUUAACUCCCAAUGGGAGAAUUUAAAUCUGAAUCCUUAUUUCGGGACAGGGGUUCUUCUGAGUAACUCCCUAUCAGUCUGUUCUUCUGGGCUCUCUCCAGUGACCAGACUGUAUUGGCAUAUGCCCUCCUGUUCCCUCUAGCCCAGAGCUCUCCCACCACCAACCACAGUCAGUCUGGCUAGCAAAUAGGAUGGAGGCGGGUCAAAAUCUGAGGCAGAGGCCAACUGAACCUGCUUCCAGCUGACUCUUGAGUAUUUGAUUCAGAGGUGAAGGAGCUCUGUCCAGGUCGUCAAUUUGGAAUGAAGACUAGAAAUGGAAGGCCAUAGGUAGGUAAUGCCAAGAGUAGACUCUUUAGAGGGAGCGAUGCUCCCUUCCUUCCACAGACUGAUGGGGAUGCAGAUGAAUUGCUUGAGCCAUUUCUAUCCACGGUGGUAACUGCAAGACGUUGCCCAGGAUUCUAAAGGAAAACUGUUCUCUGGAUGUGGCAGUCAUUGCCACGCUUCCUUGUGACAGAGAAAGCAACAUCACCUUCUAAAUUUUCUCAAUGGAGUACGAUGUGUGUAAUGUGUAAUAAAAUAUAAAUAGGCCUUUCGGAAGCAUCUAUGUGUUUCGUUUUAUCAACCUUUAGAUGCGUUAAAGCCAAGUACAGUUUUAUAUGAGUUCUAGAUGACAUGUAGUAUUUUUAUUUGCUACUUCAUUGCUAAAUGUUUCAUAUAAAACUGAAGAGGAAAAAAAAUACACAGUCCCACAUACAAAAGAAAAAGCAGAUGGCUAAAUGUGACCGUGGGAAGAGGCAGAGAAUUAAGGGCCCCUCCUUGCUGGGGAGGGACAGAAGUAGAGUAACUCACUCAUUAGCCAUUUGCUUCUACUGUGUUGGGAGUCGACUAUUACUAUUCAUAAGAAUCUACAGGUGUCUCUGCUAUUUUUUUAUCCUUUAAAUGUACAUAUAAAUGAGUAUGUAUUAUUUAUAGAUGUCUUUGAAUUUAGAAACAUCAAGCUUAAAAAGAAGUGCAGCAAGGAAUAUUUGAUUUAAUGCUCACUGGAGAAUGGAGAAGGGAUUCUCGGCAGGAAGGCUGUGCUGUGAUCUAACCUUUUCGAGGGACUUUGCCACCAGCUCUUUUGGUGACAGUUCAAGUGUAGAAAGAUUCUCAGGUGGAAGAAGCCACGGGAGCCAAAGAACUAAGAGGGCCAGGCUCGAGUUGCAGCCUUCCUCCUGGCUAGUCGUGUGACCUUGAGCCUACUCUGCACACUGUCUCGAAGUUGUUUUUCCUGCCUGCAUCAGGACACCAUCCACGGCAGUCUAUGGUCUUGACACCACAUAGGUACCCAGAGGCAGUCCUAGGCCUGGCCUGACUCACACUCUACGCUUUAGUUUGCACAAGAGCAGUGACAUUGGUGAACCAUGGUGGUGGUGGUGGUGGUGGUGGUGGUGGUGGUGGUGUGUGUGUGUGUGUGUGUGUGUGUGUGUGUGUGUGUGUGUCUGUCUGUCUGUCUGUCUGUCUGUCUAUGUCUUCCUCUGCACAUGUACAUACUGGAGAUUCAGCACAGGGCAUUAUGUCUACUAAGCAAGCACUCAGCCAUUGAGCUACACCCCCAGCCCGGCUCCACGGUUUUUUGAGGACCCAUGAAGCCUUGGUACAUCCAAGCCACUUACCUACACACGUUAGUAGCGAUCAGGAAAACCGAGUCAGCCUUUCGUUCUGUUUUCAUUUCCUCAGCAGCUUCUACGUUGGCCAAGAAAAACAGCGUACUUACUGAAAUUCCUGGUAAUAACUGCUUUCUGCUUGAGUAUGGAGAAACAUGCCUGUCUGUGGUUUAUUUUUUGAAUGGAUAAUUCAUCAUAUCUAGAUAAAAAAAUCUCAUAAUCUCCAUAGACUUUUCUUUCACAAUUUUGUUUCCUUUGAGAGUAUAGGAACAGCCUCAGAUCCAUUCAAGUAAGAUGCUUCUUUAGUGGCUGAGGAAGCAGUGCCUUCCAGGUCCAUUUGAGGCUAAAAACGGGGGAGGGGGUGUCUCAGCUCUAGCCUUAGAGACUUGGGCUCUGGGCCUGGACUUUGAUUUACCAGUUGCUGGGGACAGGAUGGGGCCAGAGACCCAACCUGAACAUUAAUGAACUCUCAGAACAACCUUGAUAUUUACUGCUCUCGUCCCUUUCAGGUGGAUGAGACUCAGGAGGGUGGGAAAGGUGGGCGGUGACGUCGCCUGUUGCUAAGUAGCAGAGCUGAGACUUAGAGCAGUGGUUCUCAACCUUCCGAAUGCUGAGACCCCUUAAUACAAUCCCUCAUGUUGUAGUGACCUCCAGCCAUAAAAUUAUUUUUGUUACUGUUUCAUAACUAUAAUUUUGCAACUGUUGUGAAUCUUCACGUAAAUACUUGUUUUCCAAUGGUCUAAGGUGACCCCUGUGAAAGGGUCACGACCCACAGGUUGAGAACAUGUCUUAGGCAGUGCAUCUCCUACCUGUAAUACAGACUGAGCUGACCUCCUGAACCAGUGCAUCUGAGACAUGAAACUCCAACUCUGCCAGGCAACCUAUGAGCCAGACACUAGAUCCUACACUUAAAGAAGGACCCAGGCCUCUCUUUAUCUCUUUGAGGAUGCAGAAAUGUACGGAGCCUGAAGCCUCUCUGGCAGUACCCUGUAAGGAUCCUUUCUGCCAACAUUCCUCUUCAAAGCUCUUAAGAAGUCAAGGCCUGGGGUUGGGGAUUUAGCUCAGUGGUAGAGCGCUUGCCUAGCAAGCGCAAGGCCCUGGGUUCGGUCCCCAGCUCCGAAAAAAAGAAAAAAAAAAAAAAGAAGUCAAGGCCUAGGGACAGGGGAUGCUGAGGGACCCUGAGCAGUACCAGGUGCAGCUAAACCAAGGUAACCCAUUCCAGAUCCUGGAAUUAGGCUGGAAGGUUGCCUAGCCCCUCUGUUUCUGAUACUGUCUCCAGCCCCCUGACACUGAUACACUGGCUACUUGGGUGUUUGAUGUGUGGACUGCAGGCACCCCCAAAUAACCAGGCAAGUGUUCCUAGGGAAAAAUAGGCUUUGGAUGAGAAGAAACUCCUGCUCUUCUUGGGCCCGAACUUAUAUCGUGCUUUUGGCUGCAUGAGUUCCCCUGGGACUGAUACCUGGUACUGAGGUACACCUUCCUGCUGAGGCAUGGCUGUCCUACAAAGCUAAGCUGAGCCUAGCCAGAGCCAGGGCUCCCUGAGAAUAGGCUAGAGGCCAGUGUGCCUGUCUGUGGGUUACUUUCCUUCCAUGGCUUCCCCCCUGGCCCCUCCCCUCCUGCCUCCUGGCCUAUUGUUUGGUUUCAUUCCCCAAGACUCUCAGGCAAGUCUUGAUUAAAUGUUACAGCCUGGCCCCAGGAGCUGUCAAGGGGAAUCCAGGGGAGAAGCUUGUCUACAGUUGAGUCAGAGCUUUAAAGAGACAGCAUCCCCAAGAGCCGAGUGAAACAGGAGUGGACAUGACCACUGCACCUGUCUACCUAGACAGGGCUGGACAAAGGGAUGCCAUGUGUCUCCCUACACAAGGGAAGAAAGGAGCUCACAGCCACCCUGGUCUGCUUGGUACAGCAGCAGCUGGCCUGCCUGUCCGUGAAUUAGGGAUGUUGGUGCUGUCCCGCCUCUCAGGGCACUUGAGUCAGUCUAAUGAGGCAGAGGAGGUGCAGAAACGCUCCAAACAGUCCACAGAGCCAGGCAAAUGUGAGGCGUCAUCAUGAAAAGCUUAAAUUUAUGGUUCUGAAGGAGAUGCAACAUCUGGGAAGGAAUUAUUGCAAUUUAAAGGGAGGAUGUGGGUCUGUUUAUAAGUGCGGAAUCUGGAAGCGAUGUCUGGUUUCUUUUUUUUUUUUUUUUAACCAACUAAUUUGUAUUCCAGUCAGAAAACUAUGGUGUGACUAUCUUCCAGAUGUUCAGAAGAAAAUUGUAGAAGAUGAGUUCCAUCUCGGAUGCAUUUUCUGUCUUUCAAUAGGCUUCACUGGGCAUCUACUACUUGCCAGGUGUACCCCUCUGCUGACAUCUUUGAUGCCACAGUGGGCGAGUCAGGCUACGAGAAGUCCAGUCGGUGCUUUCAGUGUCCCUUCACUGUGGAGACUUUAGGAAGUACAAGGUCCUGCCCCAGUGACAGAAACAUCUAUGUAACCAUGUGGCGGGGACAGAGGUUGUGUGCUGCCGUUGAGUGGUAUGACCGAGUUGGGCACAUCACUGUUAACUUCUGAAGGGUUGGCUGUUUAAUGGGAAACAUAGAUUGGGUAGUGUGAUCUGUAAACUUUAUUGCCUGGAAUGCUUGAGUCUAGAUUUCUGGCAGUUUGUGGCAGCACAAUAGGAUCCCUUCAAGCCAUGAGCACCCCAUUUUCCUUGUCUCUACAUUCUUUUCACCCCAAGACAAUGAAGAGUAAUUAUGGGUCCAUUAAUGCUAGCUUGGCCUGUUCGGAAGGCCAUGGGUUUCAUGGGUGAGGCACAUGCCGGUACUGUGGCAGUCCCGUGUUUGCAGGCAAAGUGUCUGUGCUCCAGACAGUGCUGUGAAACUUCUAGGGGGAGGGGCAGCUGAAUGUCCAGUUACAGAGACAAGCUGGGGAGUCUGGGAUCAGGACACUAGGAAGAGCUUCAUUUGCCUGAACUCACCAGGAUCCCGGGACCAUAAGUGAUGCCUCUUUGUUGUGCUAAACCUCAGGAUUUAGCACAAUCCCUAUGGCGGCAAUGAGACUACCUCAGGGAGCCUGUUGUUGUCAUGAGGCAGGUGUGACUUGACUCAAGCUGACAUCACGGAAUGCCACAGUCUGGGAAGCUUCACCACUGACGGUGACAUCAUGGUUCUGCAUGCUGGAGAGCCCCAGAGCAGUCCUCCACAGGCAGCUUCUAGAGUAGUGCUCUCCCGGCCUCAAGCUGAAACCCUCUUCUUGUGGCCUCUUAGGGAGGUGACGGGGGAGACUUAUUAAUGAUGCUCCAUCUUUUAUGAAGGUACCAGUUCAAACUCUGUGGCAGGUUCGGUCCUACUACUAGGACCAGUGUAACUACUGCUCUGGAGUCCCUACUUUCAAAUACAGCCAUGUAAGGAAUUAGGGUUUCAACAUAGAUGGGGUAGGGAACACACAAAUCAGUCUGUAUAGUAAGAUGAGAGAUGAAGUGGCCUAAUUCAAGCGUCGAUGAUCGCUAAUGUGACUGCGGAACAUUCUGAACAGUGAGUGUUCUGUGUGUCACAGAGGACAGAGAGAGAGAGGAAUCGGGGUUUUCAUGAAAGACUGUCUGGCUUCCCCACUAUGCCCAUGCUUUGCUAAGUGCUGGUGGCCGUCGAAGUUUUUGCAUCCUGGGGACGAAUCCUGAGCUUACCAGAGACGGACGGCGCAAGGUCCGGGCUCUGGUUCCCUGUGAGAAGCUGCCACGGCCCACCGAGAUGUCCAGGCACCAUAGCCGCUUCGAAAGAGAUUACCGCGUGGGCUGGGACCGCCGUGAGUGGAGUGUCAAUGGGACCCAUGGGGCCACCAGCGUCUGCAGCGUCACCUCCGGUGCCGGUGGAGGCACAGCCAGCAGUCUCAGCGCACGGCCGGGCCUCCUGCCGCUGCCCGUGGUACCCUCCCGGCUGCCCACACCCGCCACAGCGCCUGCUCCCUGCACGACCGGCAACAGUGAAGCUAUCACCAGUCUUGUGGCCAGCUCGGCCUCCGCUGUCACCACCAAGGCUCCUGGCAUCUCCAAAGCGGACAAUCAGUCCCAGGGACUCACGACCAGCAUCCGAUGGGGUCAGACGCCUGUCAAUCAGUCCACACCCUGGGACACUGAUGAGCCGCCCUCCAAACAGAUGAGGGAGGGUGACAAUCCAGGCACUGGGCCAUGGGUGACCACGGUGGCCGCCGGGAACCAGCCUUCCCUGAUCGCACACUCCUAUGGAGUGGCCCAGCCUCCCACCUUCAGUCCGGCUGUGAACGUCCAGGCCCCGGUCAUCGGGGUGACUCCCUCACUGCCUCCCCAUGUGGGACCCCAGCUCCCGCUGAUGCCAGGCCACUACUCACUCCCACAGCCGCCCUCCCAACCACUGAGCAGUGUGGUGGUGAACAUGCCGGCUCAGGCCCUGUAUGCCAGCCCUCAGCCCCUGGCGGUAUCCACUUUGCCUGGAGUGGGGCAGGUAGCCCGCCCAGGACCCACUGCUGUGGGCAACGGCCACAUGGCAGGGCCCCUGCUGCCUCCACCUCCACCAGCCCAGCCAUCUGCCGCUCUCCCCAGUAGUGUUCCUGCCACCAAUGGGCCCCCCACAACAGACUCAGCCCAUGGGCUACAAAUGCUUCGGACCAUUGGAGUGGGGAAGUAUGAGUUCACCGACCCAGGGCACCCUAAAGAAAUGUUGAAGGAGUUGAACCAGCAACGCAGAGCGAAAGCGUUUACAGACCUGAAAAUUGUUGUUGAAGGCAGAGAGUUUGAAGUCCACCAAAAUGUUCUAGCUUCCUGCAGCUUGUAUUUCAAGGACCUGAUUCAAAGGUCGGUGCAGGACGGCAGCCAGGGCAGCCGGGAGAAGCUGGAGCUGGUGCUCUCCAACCUGCAGGCUGACGUACUGGAACUGCUGCUAGAGUUCGUCUACACGGGGUCGCUGGUCAUCGACUCAGCCAAUGCCAAGACUCUGCUUGAGGCGGCCAGCAAGUUCCAGUUUCACACCUUCUGCAAAGUCUGUGUGUCCUUUCUUGAGAAGCAGCUGACUGCCAGCAACUGUCUGGGGGUACUGGCCAUGGCUGAGGCCAUGCAGUGCAGUGAGCUCUACCACAUGGCCAAGGCCUUCGCACUGCAGAUCUUCCCCGAGGUGGCGGCUCAGGAGGAGAUCCUCAGCAUCUCUAAGGAUGACUUUAUCGCCUACGUCUCCAAUGACAGCCUCAACACCAAGGCCGAGGAGCUAGUCUACGAAACUGUCAUCAAGUGGAUCAAGAAGGACCCGGCAACACGCGCACAGUAUGCAGCGGAGCUCCUGGCUGCUGUCCGCCUCCCGUUCAUCCACCCCAGCUAUCUGCUCAAUGUGGUGGACAACGAAGAGCUGAUCAAGUCAUCGGAAGCUUGUCGGGACCUGGUCAAUGAGGCUAAACGUUACCACAUGCUACCCCAUGCCCGGCAGGAGAUGCAGACACCGAGAACCCGGCCCCGCCUCUCUGCAGGUGUGGCCGAGGUCAUCGUUUUGGUUGGGGGCCGUCAAAUGGUUGGGAUGACCCAGCGCUCACUGGUGGCUGUCACCUGCUGGAACCCACAGAACAACAAGUGGUACCCCUUGGCCUCGCUGCCUUUCUAUGACCGCGAGUUCUUCAGUGUAGUGAGUGCUGGGGACAACAUCUACCUCUCAGGUGGUAUGGAGUCAGGGGUGACACUGGCUGAUGUCUGGUGCUACAUGUCCCUGUUGGAUAACUGGAACCUGGUCUCCAGAAUGACUGUCCCUCGCUGUCGCCACAAUAGUCUUGUCUAUGAUGGGAAGAUUUACACUCUUGGGGGACUUGGAGUGGCAGGCAACGUGGACCACGUAGAGAGGUACGACACUAUCACUAACCAAUGGGAGGCAGUAGCCCCUCUGCCUAAGGCGGUACACUCAGCAGCGGCCACUGUGUGUGGCGGUAAGAUCUACGUGUUUGGUGGGGUGAAUGAGGCGGGCCGAGCGGCGGGUGUCCUCCAGUCCUAUGUGCCACAGACCAACACGUGGAGCUUCAUCGAGUCCCCAAUGAUAGACAACAAGUAUGCACCGGCUGUCACCCUCAAUGGCUUUGUGUUCAUCCUGGGAGGAGCUUAUGCCAGAGCCACCACCAUCUACGACCCAGAAAAAGGCAACAUCAAGGCGGGGCCGAACAUGAAUCACUCUCGGCAGUUCUGCAGUGCUGUGGUGCUUGAUGGUAAAAUUUAUGCAACUGGAGGCAUCGUGAGCAGUGAGGGACCAGCCCUGGGCAACAUGGAAGCCUACGAGCCCACAACCAACACAUGGACCCUCCUACCCCACAUGCCCUGUCCUGUGUUCAGACACGGCUGUGUCGUGAUAAAGAAGUAUAUUCAAAGCGGCUGACAUCGGUGGGAAGCCCAAGACGAGUCUAUGGGACAAGUCCGGUGAGGUGACUACCACACGCCGUGGUUACCUUUCGACACCAACAAGAGGCCCACAAAACACAAUCAAGAAACUCACUGCGCUAACAUUUCGAAUAUUCUCUACAUUGAAUGUAGGAAAAUCAUCCUCGCCUUUUGGGUGAAGCGGGGCACAGUGCUCCGGGCAGCCGGAACCUGGAACGCACGGAGCCCAGGCUCGCUGGCCAGCUGAGGCACUUGCUCUGAACAGAGGGCGCUCACUCUGCCCGGUGCAAUAGUUUCACAUAUUUUUCAACUGGGAGAGAAGCUGUUUUUUUCCUUCUUGCAGAGCAAGCUUGAUCCCUAAACCACCAUAGAUCAGUUUAUCCUGUGACAAUUUGGGGCAUCACGCUCUUUUGGAAUAAGGUCAAAGUGUCCUUAUCACUUUGAUUCCUACUUUUGGGUUUUUUUUUUUAAUUUUAUUUUUCAGUUUUUUUUUCUUUUUAAACCUAUCUACACUUUCAAGUGGCCGAGAGAAAAAAGAGGGAAGGGACUGCGCAGCACCAAGGCCUAGGAGAGGGGCUCGUUGCCACCAGACGGGAUAGAGGGCCAGCUGCACGUGCAGAGCCAGGGCUCGCAGCCGCAGUGGUCGCUUGGGAAGAGCCGCCUGUCCUUCAUGGGUUUUUCUACCAUGGUUUUGCUGCAAAAGGACAUGGCGGGUACACUAGCUUUCUCUUAACCAGUAUGAAUUAUUUAGAUUUCCAAGGCAUUUUCUUGAUACACAAAAGGCUAUUUUUAAGUACCGAGAGAAGGAGGCCACAAGAGGGAGAACGCUGUGGGACUUCCCAAAGCUCUUUGUAGGUAGCGCCAGAGGUAGGGCACUGGCUCUCAUUUUUCUAUGUGCAGAAUAGAGGAUCUCUCCUGAGGUGGGCCAUGCCCCCCACUUUAUUUUUGGAAAAAGUUAACUCCCAGACAGUCCCGGAAGACCAUGCCUUGCAGGGGCAUUGUCAGAAGGAAGGGUCUAUUCUGGAAGAACAUGGUUCUGGCUCCUGACACCAGUCCAGCUCCCUCUGUGAGGUAAAGCUGAGGACCCAGGCCCCAGGAAAGGGACUGAGGGAGGGAGGGAGGGAGAAGAAAUGUCUACAAAGCACAGGAGACUAUUUUUGAUAUUUAUAGCUAUAUAUUGAAGGCACCUGCCACGAGAGCUCUCAGGAUGGGGACAGCCUUCUUAGACGAGCCAUGACAGCCACGGCCUGAGGGGGCACAAGCAGAAACACUCUUCUUGUUGCCUCGUUGCAUAGUAACCUGAGAAAAGGGAAGCCAGGAGAGGUCCCAACGAGGCUCAAAAGAGAAAGGCCUUCCCAUUAAGUCCUUAGACCCUCAAACCUCACCCGGUAAUCAGUCUCCAUUCCAGGGCAGGAAGAAGGCCGCCGCCACCGCGCUGUUUAGUUGAAGUUAGUAACCAAAUACACACCAUUUUUCUACCUGGAAAGUCGACUUGCCAUCACUUCAUGAUAAGAACCAUUGACAGAGAGAAAGAGACACUACGCGCUUUCCAUCACUCAGUAUUGGACGACACAAAAUUCCAGUCCUAACGACGGGCAUCAACUUCUAGCAUCACAAGUGUGGCUCCCACUUGACAAGAUACCGAGCUUCGUUAUGCAGUUUUUAAUAUUAUUUAUUAUUUAAAAAAAGUAAUAAGCACAAAACUACAUACAUUGUAUGUCAUUUAAAGUAUUUAUGUCAAACAGGGUGCAAGUGUGAACCCAAGGACUGGAGCACAAAUUUCUAACUGCCUGGGGCAGGGCGAAUAUGAGCAUUGGCGUGCAUCUGCCUCCAAGGGAGGUGUUAGUGGUCAACAAGACUCCGCAGAUGAUGCUGAAAUUCCGUUUCUCUCCUCAUCUAUCACACUGGAGCAAAACUGGCUAUUUCUGUGAAUGAUAUAAAACAGGGUUCUCUGUAAUGGUAUUGUACAUAGUAUAUGUUUAUUGUUAAGUUGUUAUAUUAUAAUAAAUAUAUUUAUAGAUCUAGA